UAAGGUCUGAGAAUGAAGUUCAACAAAGCUGUGUCCGGUUCCAGAAGAAAAAACAGGGCUUGCCACUUCAAUGCUCCUUCCCACAUUAGAAGGAAAAUCAUGAGUGCCCCACUCUCUAAAGAGCUGCGUACUAAAUAUAAUGUCAGAAGCAUGCCAAUUAGAAAAGGUGAUGAAGUUCAGGUUGUACGUGGCCAUUACAUAGGGCAACAGUUGGGAAAAGUUGUUCAAGAUUAUAGAAAGAAGUUUGUUGUGUACAUUGAGCGUUUUCAGAUAGAAAAGGCUAAUGGAGCCACUGUUCAUGUUGGCAUUCAUCCAUCCAAGACUGUUAUUGUUAAGUUGAAGCUUGACAAAAACAGAAAGAAGAUACUGGAAAGGAAAGCAAUGAACAGAGCUAAGGCAAUGGCAGAAAAGGGGAAAUAUACUGAAGAGACCAUGGAGAGUUAGUUUAAGAUAAUAGAUUCAUUUCAAAACUUCUGUAAAAAAAAAUAGAA